UGCAGGGUUGGCUUGGCGACGCAGUUUUCAAUUUUCAAACUCCAGCGGCAAAUUCAACGAGUUUUGUGUGAAAAUAUCAUUUUUUUUUUGACAAAGCAAUGAGAACCGAGAUGCAAGGCCUUUUCAGCGACCCGGCUUUGGAACGCCACUUCACGGGACACUCGGGUGGUAUCACACAACUUCGCUUCAGCCCGGACGGGAGUCAGAUAGCGACAUCUUCAAUGGACUCAUCCGUGAUUCUUUGGAACCUGAAGCAGGCGGCACGCUGCAUUCGCUUCGGAUCGCACUCCGGUACGGUGAACGGUGUGGCCUGGUCCCCAAAGGGUAACCUAAUAGCCUCUGCUGGUCAUGACCGAACAGUGAAGAUAUGGGAGCCCAAGGUUCGCGGCGUCUCCGGUGAGUUUGUGGCGCACAGCAAGUCAGUGCGAAGCGUGGAUUUCGAUCCGACAGGACACCAGCUGCUGACCGCUUCCGACGAUAAGAGCGUCAAGCUGUGGCGCGUGGCCAGGCGUCAGUUCAUCGCCUCCUUCACCCAGCAAUGCAACUGGGUGCGUUCGGCAAAGUUCAGUCCCAACGGAAAGCUGGUGGCCACUGUGAGCGACGACAAAUCGCUCCGCAUCUACGACGUGGGAAGCGGCGAGUGCGUCCGCACAUUCACAGAGGAGAGGGCCGCGCCCCGCCAAGUUGCCUGGCACCCGUGGGGCAAUAUGGUGGCCGUGGCCCUCGGCUGUAACCGCAUUAAAAUCUUUGACGUGAGCGCCAGCCAGCUGCUUCAGCUGUACGUGGUUCACUCGGCGCCUGUGAACGAUGUGGCCUUCCAUCCGGGCGGACAUUUUCUGCUGUCGGGCAGCGAUGACCACACCAUCCGGAUCCUGGAUUUGCUAGAGGGGCGACCAAUUUAUACGCUUACCGGACACACUGACGCAGUAAAUGCGGUGGCUUUUACAAAGGAUGGAGAACAAUUUGCCACAGCUGGAAACGAUAAACAGCUACUGGUUUGGCAGUCCAACUUGCACACCUACGACGCAUCCCAAUUCGAGACCAAGUCUGCCUUGGCAUCAUCGGGCUGCGACACCAGUGCCGCAUCUUCCACCAAGCAGAGCAAUGCUAGCGACGCAAAGUCCAACGACCUGAGCAUCCGCAUCGAUCCACGCCAGUCUCUGGCCUACCAGGCCUUGGAUGAGGAUUUCCAGGUGGUGGACGUGUCCCUCGAAUCCGCCUCGGAGUCCGCCUGCUCGUGCGAGGCCCAACUGGAGGAGAUGAAUGAGAUGCUGAAGUUGCUAGACGAGCGAGUGCGGCGUUUGGAGGGCAUUUACACUUUGUAAUAGUUAAGCGCCUUUUAGACAUUCUUUCUUACUAUAAAUAUAAUUUAUGACAUACGAAUA